AUGAAGCCUGACCCCAACGCGCCGCCUAAGCACGGCCGUGGCCGUCCUCCCAAGCCGAAGGUCCCGAGGGCUGAAGGAGCUGCUGCCAUGGUUUCCUCGCCUCUGAGGCCACAUGGCAGGCCUCCCAAGGCUAAGGAUCUGUUUUUCCCGACUCCGAUUGUCCAGAGCUCGACCUCGGGAGGAGGGUCAGGCAGGCCACGUGGCCGUCCUUUGAAGAAGGCCAAGACUGCUCCGGCUAACGCUCCUGCUGCUCUGACGAGUGGUGGUGGUAGUGGUGCUCCUAGAGGGAGAGGCAGGCCACCGAAAGUGAAGCCCUCCGUGGCUCCGGUGGGUUGCUGA